AAAAAAAAUUAACAAGAGAUAUUUGUUUAAAGUAAAGCCGAGAAGGUACACCGGAUAUGGCGUUCUCUGCAAAUCCGUUGGCUCUGAGCGUUCCCGAUCCUGCCUUCGAGUCCUGGCUCCGGGACAGCGGCUACCUAGAGGUUCUCGACCAGCGAACUUCCGACCUCCACCGUGUCUCUUCCACUGCCGCCGCCCCCAGCACCACCGGCGAUUCCAAUUCUGCAAGAGCCGAUCCGCCCUCCGUCGCUGCCGCCGUCAGUGGGGGAUAUUUCCUGUCGACUGUGUUAAACUGCUUCGGAAUCCUACUCUCUCUAUUAACAAUAAAUCCGUUCUCAAAACUCACAAAUGAAGACUUCUCCGGCGAUACUCCGCCUUGGACUUUAGGGUUUAUUGGUUUCUCUGACUCCUAUUCUUUUCCUUCGUCUCGGCCGCAAGCUCGUAUGAGAGUUACUGAGAACAUCAAGCGUUAUUGCCGUAAUUACGCCAGUCUCUUCAUCCUCUUCUUCGCUUGCUCUCUGUAUGUAGCCAUGUAUCAGAUACCAAUUGCUCUUGUUGGUUUGGUAUCGAGUUUGGUUCUAUGGGAUUUGUUUGCAUACUGUGGCAAGCGUUGGGGGUUAGAGAAUUAUCCUGUUAUUCGUGAGUGCUUGCUUCGCCUCGUUCAAUGUGCGACUGCAGUUAUUAUAUUUUUGUGCAAUGUUCAAAUGGCACUGCUAUGUGCACUCGGAGUUAGCUAUGGAGUGAUGAUGUUGCAUGCCUCAUUCCGGAAGCUGACUCCUGUGAAGCAACAACCAACAAAAGGGAAACAAAAAUAGAGAUAUACACAAGGUAGAAAGGUCAUCUGAGGCUGUGAUGCAUAGUUAGGGCGAACCACUGGUUCACAUAGGCAAAAUCAUUUGAGUAUAAGAAAAGACCCUUGUUGUCUGUUGAGGUUGAGGUUACUUUGUGUUUGUAUAAAUUAUAUAACUUGUAUAAUUCUUUUCUGGUCUUUCUUUAUUUCAUCGGAUUCCGGCACUUGCUUCA